UGCAUGCGUACGUCCGUGCGUGUGUGUCAACUAGUUGUUAGCUAGCGCUAGCUAUCCAGUUGGCUAGCUUGUUGAAACAUUUUAACAUAGGCACCGUUUAUACCAAGAAACAACUGUCGUCCAUAAUGAGAGAGGACCUCCGCUCCCGCUGCAUGUCUGUCAACCUGUAAUGCCAAAGAGGAUGGAGGGCUUUCAGAGAAAAAAGACAAGUUAGCCAGCGCCAACAAAAAGUAAGCUACAGUUUUUGGACAGGCUCGCUAGCAUCCUGAGAAGGAAAGCUCUGAGAUUUUGCAAGGACUGGAUGCGGAAGGAGGAUAUGAGGCAAGCUGGGCAACUAAUGCUAAUUGUAAGCUUUGCUGGGAUCCAAAUGUGGAAAACAUUUCACUAUGAAUGUUUGCUCAUACAUUCAGUGGGUUACCAAGGUGCCAAAAAGUCACACUCCUGAUUUCCCAGCAAGAAUUAGGCUAGAGUGUGACAGCGUCAAUGCAGGGAGAGAAGACAUACUGGCACUAGAAUAUGCAAGGACUCUUGACCUCAACUGAAGUGUACAUAUCCAAGACACAGAACUGUUGUCCUUCAUGAAACAGUCUUGGUUAACCUGCCAUCCCCAAUGGAAGUGCCAUCUUAGACACGGGAUACUGUGGCUCGAACUGCUGCACAGUUUUUUGAGCUACGGCCUCGGAAGAAGCAUUUCAGCGUUUUGUUGAACUUGACGGUGGAGAUGGGUUCUCAAGCUCUUCAGAUAUUGCGGCAGGGUGUGUGGGCUUCACUCACAGGAGGCUGGUAUGUGGACCCACAUCAGAGCACGUUCUCCAACUGCUUCCAUCUCUACCUUUGGAUAUUUCUCCUGGCCUUCCCUUUUCUGCUGUACAUGGCUCUUCCUCCAAGCUUGGUGGUUGCAGGCGUGUACUCUGCUGUGGUAGCAGUCUUUUUCACAGCCAUUAAGGUGGUGAACUACCGGCUUCAUACUAUGUUCGACCUUGGGGAGAUUGUAGAGAAGAAGAAUGCCUCACUCACAGCCGAAGCCCCAAAGACCGAAGAAGGAGAUGAAGGUUCAGGUGCCCAUGAUGGGAAUCGCCACAGGGAUAGUCAUGUUGGUGUAGAGAUGACUGUGUUUCGGAAGGUCAACUCGACACCCCCGGUGCGCUGUAGCUCCCAGCACUCUCUGUUUGGAUUGAACCAGGUGUCUGAGUUCUUGCCCCAGCUGGAAGAUACAGGAGGCACCAAGGAUAUCAAAGAGCUGAUGCGGGAGCAAGGAAGCAAUAAUGUGAUUGUUACGUCAGCUCACCGGGAGAUCCUACGCCAGAGGUCUCAGGACACCAUUAGGGCUCCCAGUGUGGUUCAGUCCUGCAUUGCUGCUGCUCUGGGAGGAGAUUUCCCAGGUCUCAUGGGAGUGUCUGUAAUGUCAGCUGGCUAUGGAGAACAUGGAGACUGCUUGUCUAUCCCCCCUUCACCCUCCAGUCAAGAAGAUGGAGGCGAGAAAGAACAGUUUCAGGAAUUGGAGGAGUUACCAGAACAACAGAGUCCUGGGGACAAUGGGUUGGGCACUUAUUCUCCCCUCGGCCCCUCUGCUGAAUCCGAGAGCCUGGGGGAUACUCCCCUUAGCCCCCUUAUAAAGAGCAGCUUAAGUGAGGAGCUCAGUGAAAAUCUCCUGGGUUUGGGCCUUGACCCUGUGGCGUUUGCACCGGGGACUGAGCACCCAGGCAGCCGCAGUGGGGUAGCUCUGGCUGCCGGGUCCACGGACAGCUGUUUCAGUGCAGGUGGAGCCACCACAGACCGUGAGACGCUAAGCACGGUUAGCAGUUACCGCAGUGAAAAAACUGAUUCCACUCAGCUGGAAAGUCCUUCAGCCAGCCAGCCACGGCCUGCAGAUAGACAGGCUUCUGCACCAGCGAUGGGCUCUAACGUGCCCAAGCCCUCAGAGGAUCCAGGAGGACAGGGUGGCAGUGAUACAGACAACCUGUCAGACAGUGUUCUACUGCGCUCCCCUUCCAAAGAUUUCUACCUCAGCCAGGGGCUAGACAGGACACUUGUUGAGGGAGAGGAUUUGUCCCCUGUACCCUGUGAUAUUGCACAGCUUCGUCCUCUCCAGAACUCUUCCCCUUCAAGUAGUGGUCACUCGGAGGUUUGUGAUUUAGACAGGAAUGUCCCAGUUCCUCCGCUACCCCCGCCUCGGCAGGCCAAUUCCGUGCCCUCAGGGCUAGCCCUGGGUCUAGUGUGUUCUGAGCCUGCUCUGCCCGUAUCCUCUACCCCCUUUUUACUGUCUGACCAGUCUGCUCUGCAAGCCCAGCAGGUUGUGCGCCCCAAAGACUUAAAGCUGCUGCGGGCCAGCGGCAGUAGUGUGGGGCACAGGCCAGGCCGAAGGAAAGCUCCACGAAGGCGAGCUGGAGCAGGAAGCAGUAGUUUUGACUGCGGCUCUUACAGGCGUCACCACAAUCAUAGACAGCACCGAGAUUACAUCCCUGUGCGCAGUCGACUGGGCGCCAAGGCUUACAGUGAAAGUUUGUUUGAGGAUUCCAGCGACGAUGACGAUGGCAGUGACAUGAGCGCUGGUUCUAGUCUGGGCUCUCAGCGCCGAUACAGCUCUGAUGAUGAUGAUGAUGAUGAUGAUGAUGAUGACGAUGAUGAUGACGACUCAAGUUCCUCUACCUCCUGCUACUCCCCGGACCUCGCUAACACUGGCAUAACGUCCCCGCUCCCCGCUGCUUCUCAACUGCCCACUCCAAGGGAAGGGGAUUUACCUGAAACUGCUGGCGCCUCACAUUCUCGUGCUGCUCAGCGCUCUUCUAGCACUGCUAGUGCUAAGACUCAUGCAAGAGUGCUAAGUAUGGACGGGGCAGGUGCAGGCCAGAGCAAUACAGCGGCUUUGCCUUCUACUCUGCUUACAAUGCCCUCCACCUCCACCCCUGCACCUCGCACUCUUACCAUCUCUAAGUCUGAUCUGGAAGCCCACACCAUCCAUAAUGACGGCUUCCAUGGAACUCAUCAUCAUCGGCUGGAUUCUCUUGGAGGCUCUUGGACUGGCAACCAGAUGGGCUGGAGGGCAGAAGAGCUGGUUGAAGAGGGAGCUGUGGGAGGAGCCAUGGCUCCAGAGGAUGGGGGCAAACACGACUCAGUCAGCAGUGUUAAGAGGACCCAGGCCAUCCGCAGGAGACACAAUGCUGGGAGCAACCCUACACCGCCCCCGUCCACCAUGGGAUCCCCUCCCAGCCUUCAGGACCUUCAACGGGCUCGGACUUCCUCUCAUUCGCGGACCCGCACACUUCCCUCAGCCUUACAGUUCGCCUCCUCACUCCUGCUGCCCCGCAGUGGCAUCCAUGAGGCCUCCACCUUCGACGACACAUCAGAGGGAGCAGUGCACUAUUUCUACGACGAGGGUGGAGUUAAACGGUCCUACACCUUCGGACCUGCUGGAGGUGGAUAUGAGGACCCAGUUCAGGAACGGGAGAGACAGUCCCAAUCCUCGAGCUUCACCUCUACUGAGGUCCAGGAAGGGGCUCCAGUCCUGUCCAUGCUGCAGCCAAGACCUGUGGUUUUACAGGGCAUGCAGGUGCGCAGGGUGCCUCUGGAAAUGCCUGAGUUUGAUCUGGAUCAUGAGUCUCUGCAAGAGUCCCAGGAAAACACUCUGAUGAUUGAGGAGAAAGCCAAACCCAAACAGUACUAUCGCUUUUGGGUGCUGCCCGGAAAGUGGCUGAGGGUUCGAUAUGAUCGACUGGCUCUUCUGGCCUUGCUGGACAGGAACCGGCGUGUGGGAGAGAACGUGUUUGCUGUGGUGCUGGCCAGUCUGGUGGCCUUCUUGGGGUUCCUACUGCUGUUCCAGGGCUUUUUCAGGGACAUCUGGGUCUUCCAGUUCUGCCUGGUUAUCGCUAGCUGCCAGUACUCUUUACUGAAGAGUGUACAACCAGAUGCGGCUUCUCCCAUGCAUGGUCAUAACUGGAUCAUCGUGUACAGUCGGCCGGUCUACUUCUGCUUGUGCUGUGUGAUGAUCUGGAUCUUUGACCAAUCAGGGCGCUUUGGCAGCCUGCAACCUUUCUCCCUCUACGGCGUCACCUUCUUCUCUGCACAUUUCCUGCUCUGUGUCAGAGAUAUGCUCAUUGUGUUUUCCUUGUGUUUCCCGGUCAUUUUCCUGUUUGGGUUGCUACCUCAGGUCAACACUUUUGUGAUGUGUCUGCUGGAGCAGAUCGACAUGCACAUUUUCGGUGGAACUGCUACUACCAGCCCCCUCUCUUCUCUGUUCAGCCUCAUACGUAGCGUGUUGGGGGCUUCCCUGCUGUAUGGAUUUUGCCUCGGUGCCAUCAACGCACCUUGGGGGGAUGCCCAUGUGCCAGUACUGUUCUCUGUGUUUUGUGGUUUACUCCUGGCCUUGUCCUACCACCUCAGCCGCCAAAGCAGUGACCCCACCAUCCUGUGGUCACUGGUCCGGUCUAAAUUAUUCCCAGAGUUGGCGAACCGAACACCAGAAGAACCCUCUGUGGAGAUCAAGGAUCCUCUUCCUGAGAAGCUGCGUAACUCCGUGAAAGAGAUUCUUCAUUCAGACCUCGUCGUGUGUCUCCUCAUGGCUGUGAUUACCUUCGCCAUCAGUGCCAGCACAGUUUUCAUCGCUCUUCAACCUGCUCUUAGCUAUGUCUUGUACAUCCUGGCUGGAGUUGUAGGCUUCAUUACGCACUAUCUCCUGCCCCAGCUCCGUAAGCAGCUUCCGUGGUUCUGCCUGGCUCACCCUGUGCUCCGCUCCAGAGAGUACAGUCAGUUUGAGGUUCGAGAUGCUGCUCAGUUGAUGUGGUUUGAGAAGCUGUAUGCGUGGCUUCAGUGUGUGGAGAAAUAUGUCAUCUACCCCGCUGUGGUGCUUAACUCCCUAACGACAGAAGCUCAAAGUGUGGGCCAGAACCAUAAAGAGCUGGACAUCUACAGCCAAUCUCUCUUCAUCUCAGUAGCAGGCAUGAAGUUGCUGCGUUCGUCCUUCUGUGCCCCGUCGCAGCAAUACGUCACGCUGUGCUUCACCACACUCUUCUUCCACUUUGACUAUCCACACUUCUCAGAGACCUUCCUAAUCGACUACUACUUCAUGUCCAUUCUCUUCAGCAAGAUGUGGGACCUGCUGUACAAGCUGCGCUUUGUGUUGACUUACAUCGCCCCCUGGCAGAUCACCUGGGGCUCAGCCUUCCACGCCUUCGCCCAACCCUUUGCCGUGCCCCACUCUGCUGUUCUUUUUGUUCAGGCCAUCUUUUCUGCCAUCUUUUCCACCCCUCUCAAUCCUGUCCUGGGCAGCGCCGUGUUUGUCACCUCUUACACCCGACCUGUAAAGUUUUGGGAGCGAGACUACAACACCAAGCGGGUCGAUCAUUCCAACACCAGACUGGCCACUCAGUUAGAUCGCAACCCAGGUGCCGAUGACAACAAUCUGAACUCUAUUUUCUACGAGCACCUGACGCGAUCUCUGCAGCACAGCCUGUGCGGAGACCUGCUGCUCGGCCGCUGGGGCAACUACACCACAGGCGACUGCUUCAUCCUCGCCUCAGACUACCUCAACGCUCUGGUGCACAUCAUCGAGAUCGGAAACGGCCUGGUCACCUUCCAACUGAGGGGUCUGGAGUUCAGAGGUACCUACUGUCAGCAGAGGGAGGUAGAGGCCAUCACAGAGGGGGUGGAGGAGGACGAGGGCUGCUGCUGCUGUGAACCUGGUCACCUUCCCCACAUGUUGUCAUUCAAUGCUGCCUUUGGACAGCGCUGGCUUGCCUGGGAGGUGGCCGCCACCAAGUACGUACUAGAGGGCUACAGCAUCAGCGACAACAAUGCAGCCUCCAUGUUACAAGUAUUCGACCUUCGUAAGAUCCUCAUCACAUACUAUGUGAAGAGCAUCAUCUACUAUGUGAGUCGAUCUUCUAAGAUGGAAGAGUGGCUGACUAACGAAACGAUUCAGGAGGCUCUACGGCCUUGUAUCGGGCCUAACUACGUAGACAGUGACCCCACCUUCAACCUGAACAUCGAUGAUGACUAUGACCACAGGGCCUCCGGCAUUACCCCCUCCUCAUUCUGCAUGGUCUACCUGGACUGGAUUCAGUACUGCAACAGCAGGCGUCAAACGCCGGUGACUUGUGAAAGAGAUUCUCCACUUGUCAACCUCUGUUUUGGGCUGUGUAUCCUGGGAAGACGAGCUCUGGGCACAGCCUCCCACAGCAUGUCUGCAAGCUUGGAGCCGUUUCUCUAUGGCCUCCAUGCGCUCUUCAAGGGAGACUUUCGCAUCACGUCUCCCAGGGACGAAUGGGUGUUUGCAGAUAUGGACCUGCUGAACCGAGUCGUGGCACCGGGAGUGCGGAUGUCCCUCAAAUUGCAUCAGGACCACUUCACAUCUCCAGAUGAGUAUGAGGAUCCUAUGGUUCUGUAUGACGCCAUCACUGCCAAUGAGGAGAAGAUGUUGAUAUCUCACGAGGGUGACCCCGUGUGGCGCAGCGCCAUUCUAGCGAACAUGCCUUCACUGCUGGCACUGCGCCACAUCAUGGAUGACGGCAGCGACGAGUACAAGAUCAUCAUGCUCAACAAGAGGUUCCUCAGCUUCAGAGUCAUCAAGGUGAACAGAGAGUGUGUGCGUGGGCUGUGGGCGGGGCAACAACAGGAGCUGGUUUUUCUGCGCAACCGUAACCCAGAGCGUGGCAGCAUUCAGAACGCCAAACAAGCCCUGAGGAAUAUGAUCAACUCCUCAUGCGACCAGCCCAUCGGCUACCCCAUCUACGUCUCCCCCCUCACCACCUCGUACGCCGGGGGGCACAACCAGCUCCGGUCUGUGUGGGGAGGACCUGUCAGCCCACACAACAUUUACUCCUGGCUCAUCAGUAGCUGGGACAGGUUACAGAAAGGUUGUGGCGCUGGCUGUAACAGCGGAGGAAACAUUGAGGACUCGGACUGCGGAGGCGGCUCUACCUCCAUCUCCACCAACCAAGCUGUUCACACCACCCAUAGUACCCCAGCCUCCAGCCUUCCCCAGCCGCACAUCACUACUCUCCAGUCUUUCAUGGGUACAGACAACCCUGUAGGUCCAACCCAUAGCUGGCCUCACCACCCGCAGCCUCUUCCAUUAGCUCUGCUCAGCCAAUCAGAGGGCAGAAUGGAGGCAGGACUGCUCACAUCCCUACAGCGUACAACCUCCAUCCAGGGGCUCCUGGGCCAGCACCUGUCCAGCUCCCAGCUGUCCUUCAGCAGCUCUUUGGCUCCACCUCCUCUGCCGGGCCCAGAGCGCUUCUGCCCAGCGAGCCUCCUGGAGAACUCUGGCCACAGAGCAGGCCAGCGGGCUGGCCUCGGACAGGGCGGUGGACUACAUUAUGAGAGCCACUUUGGCAAGUGGAGUUUUUCAGGCAGGAAGGGCUUUAAUGGACCAGCUGCAGUGGAGGGGGAAGGAGGAACAGUACAGACCAUACGCACACAGCCUACUCCCCCUGCACCCCUACAAGAGGCAAGACUGACACAAGAUCCUCUGGGAGCCACUCAGGCGAUGGAUCCAACUCUGCUAACUACAGGGAACCCCCACACCCCCCGAGAGGAAUCCACAGAGCUGCCUUUACUUGAGCACCUGCGCUGAGUCUGCACUGGGAGACCCCGAGUGACAUGCUCUGCAGUGAAAGCACACCGCUGUGGAAUCUGGACCGGGCCUGACCCGCUCAGACCAGACUCAAUCCACCUUCCAUCAACCCUCGUUUUACUAAGUCAGUGCAACCUGCAGUACUGGAUGGAUUUGGUUCUUCACAUCACCCCGCUCCUUCUCAGCCUAAGGAGUGAAACAUCUGACGGUUUGCUGAACUGAUGCACGUCAGAUCAUGAAAUGAUUUCAGCUAACCUGUUUAUUCCAAAGUCAGCUGUCAUCAUGACUCCUGAUAAUGUACUCAUUUUGUAACUUUGUUUUUCCGACAAAGGCACUCAGUGUCUCUAUGGACAACCUUCUGGUUGUGACAGUAGUGACAGGUCAGAAAGGCCAGUGCAAUUAUUAUAAGGGAUAUUUUGCUUGAGGGUCGAUUAUUUUUUAUAUACUGGAGAAUAGAGGAUUGCCUCUGACUUUGUCUCACUUGAUUGCAUAACCAAUCAAAAAAAAAAAAAAACGAUCCUACGGUAUGUUGCUGUAUGUGCAGGUGAAGGAUGUGUGGAAACCACGAUACGCCUUGCUUUGUUUUUCCCCAUUUAUACCAUCCUCACCGGACCUACAGUUGCGUGUCAAACAAUAUUUAACAGUACACAUUGAUCAGUUUCAGGAGCCUUCGCUUCUUCUUCCCUGUACAUACAUAUUCUAACCCUAACCCUAACCACCCCCCCACACACACCCCCCACACACAAAAUGUCAUCUUUAUCCUCUGGCCUAUUUCCCACAGAGGUGCCUGACAACAUCAACACUCAACAGUUCUGUCUUGGAGCAAGUUUCAGGGGGGAAAAAAAACUCCUUUCCGUCCCAGCCAACAUGUGGCGCUUAAACCGCUAGUUUACAGUCUAUUUAGGCCUGGACACGAGUCCUGAAUGAGCAACAUGGAGACGUGGGAUGAGUUCGGACAGAGCUGGUGCCCAUGGAUCAGGAUCAAGUGCAGGGUGAUUCCAAUCUGUGAAAAUUGUGUUGAUCACAAACCUACAAACUGGGAGUGUUUAGAAACUUAAAGCCUUUUUCUUUUCUUCUUUUGGUGAGUGGAAUGUUUUUUUUUAUUUUUACUUUACUUGAAGAAUCACAAGUUCCUCAGUGUUUUCAGUUGCACCAAGUUUGUUUUCUUUGGAUGAGCGAUCAAUGACGCCCUCUCUGAUCAGAUCCACUCAGCUCAUGACUUUCUUGAUAGAAGGGACCCGGGCUGCUUUGUGCGGGGAGCUCUGUUUUCUUUGCCUGCAGUACGGCCCCUCCCGUUACUAUACUACUGCUUCUGCAUCUCCUGCUACUACUAAUAUACCCACUACUACUGCUGUCUCGACAACAGUCAAAUCCAGCGUUUUAGUUGGAGAUAAACAAAGUUGAAUAAAUACUGAAAGCAAAGGUGGAAUAUUUAUUUGAUUAAUAUUGUCUUACAGAUAUCUUUAACGGGGUUUGUCAAUAUGGUGUGAUGAUGUAUCGACUUGGAAAUCUGCCUUCUGUCAACUGUACUCCCACCCCUCCCUCAAUUUGUUUGGUGUCAUCACAUUUGUAUCAUCUCACCAAUGGCUGUUUUUUUUUUUUUUUUUUGUGUAAUAUAACUGGAAGUAUUCCUGAGAAGUCAUUUUAAGUUGGUUUCUUUCCCACUCCUGCACUCUCUUUGUUCCACCACUGUGAAAAUAAUUGUAAACACUGAUUCAUGGUUGAAGUAGACCAAAUUCGGCCCCAAAUGUUUCUCCAAAUCCAGAGGCUUUGUCCCCAUGUGUUGUCUGCAGUGGUUGAAUGAUUCUGAAAUAAGCUUGUGCUAUAGCAUUAAUGGUGGUGACAGAAGACUGCCUUGUGUGCUAGUUUUUUCACCAAAUUAUCUCUUAGAAGCGGUGUUGCCCUUGAGGAAAUUUGAAAGGGAGGCCAGCGUUCUCAGUGUCUAUAAUGGGAAAGAAAUUGACUUCUUCUGCAGGAAGACUUUUUGUUUUAAAAGGAAGAUAAAAAAAUAAAUGUCAGUCAUGAGGCAGGUUGAGUACCGGGUCACACUGAAGUGAAAAGAUGGCCCUCUUUACAACGUUUUGCUCUCUAUGGGUUAAAAUAUGUUGCGAAAGCUGUUAAAGCAACAUAUUUGUUGAAUUGCUUUAUCUUUGCAGAGCUGUUAUUUCCCCCCACCUUCAGCUUCUUACAACAUCUGAAGAAGGGACACACAGUAUAAAGCUUUUUUUCUCGUUAAAAAAAAGAAAAUGUCUUUUUAGCAGCCGUGAUAUUGCCGUCAGUCUCGGCUGUGAAGAAGCUGCGACAGGUGGAAAGUGUCAGUAUUCCUCGCUAAACACAUUAGUAACUCCCUCGACUCAGGAAAAACAGAGACUUUGUGAUCAGUGCUGUUUUCCUUUAUCAUUCAUCUUGUAUCCAAAUCAACAGGGAGUAAUGUUUUUGUUUUUUUACUUUAUUUUUCGCAGCUGGGAGUGUGGAAAGCACAAGUUAACAGACAGACCUGGGUGUCAACAAAAGGGAUUUCCUAAUCGCUGAAAUUAUGUACAGCAUGUUUCGUAUAUAAAUAUAUAUUUAAAAUAUAAAUCUAUUUUAUUAUUAUUGGAUUUUGGGUUCUUUUACAUUUAAGACACUAUUUUGAGGUUUAGGGGAGGGACUCCUGUGUUUACCCAUCAGAGGGGAGAGCUGAGUGGAGAGAGGCACUCUUCACAUUGAAAUGUGCAGUUUGGGAAGAAUCAAUUUAAUACUUCUUUUGCACAAAAUGUAUCAUACACCAUCCCACUUUGUUAUCGUUUCAUUAUUUUAGUUUUUUUGGGAGGGGGGUCUUUUAUUUAAGAACUUUUAAGUCGAUGUUCAAUGUUAUGUACAGUUUUUUUUUUUUAUGUGAUUUCUUUUUUCUCCUAUUUAAAUUAAAGGUUUUUGUGUCAUCGUUUGCAAAUCAA